CGUCUUCUCCCUUUAGCAACAGGAUGGGACUGCAAGGGAUGGCUAAGCCUGCCUCCUUGCUACUCAAAUCAGCUUGGCGAGUUACGCAAACAGGCUCUGUGGCCUAGCCAUAGAAAGGAGGAAUACUGAGUAAAAAACUUUUUCCUGGGCCCAGUGAGCUUCAGGAAGCGCCUCGUUCGCAGCCGCUAAGCAGCGUGGGACAGUGGCAGCAGAUUCAAGAUGGCGGCCAGUAGGAGGCUGAUGAAGGAACUAGAAGAAAUCCGCAAGUGUGGAAUGAAGAACUUCCGUAAUAUCCAAGUUGAUGAAGCUAACUUAUUGACUUGGCAAGGUCUUAUUGUUCCCGACAAUCCUCCAUAUGACAAAGGAGCAUUCAGAAUCGAAAUCAACUUUCCUGCAGAGUACCCUUUUAAACCACCAAAGAUUACAUUUAAAACAAAGAUAUAUCAUCCUAACAUUGAUGAAAAAGGGCAAGUUUGUCUUCCAGUAAUUAGUGCCGAAAACUGGAAACCGGCCACCAAAACUGAUCAAGUAAUCCAGUCCCUCAUAGCACUGGUGAAUGAUCCUCAGCCUGAGCAUCCACUUCGAGCUGACCUAGCUGAAGAAUACUCUAAAGACCGUAAAAAAUUCUGUAAGAAUGCAGAAGAGUUUACAAAGAAAUAUGGUGAGAAGCGACCAGUGGACUAAAAAAAUCUGAAGUACAGUUAGCAAUGUGUGUGAGAAGACCUGGAGCAGUACAUUUCAGACACACCACAAACAGGACUCUGGAAAAUUGACAAGUGCCACCUCCCAUUGUUAGCUUAUGGCUUUACUAACUUUCUACAGUUUCUUAAUCAAAAGUGGUCUAGGUAAUCUGUAAAAAUAUUAAAAAUUCAAGAAAUUCUAGAACUGCUUUCUUUGUUUAAAAUCAUUGCUUCGUAUACUAACAGAGGCUGUAUCUUUUUUCCUUUUUAGAAUUUUUAAAAAUAUAUUAGACCUAUAAUUUUCCCUGGGACAUUCUAAAGGAUUUAACUAUUAUUUCUUAUUUUCCUUUCCAUUCCAUUUUUUCUUUUCUUCAUUCCCCUUAAAAACACUGAUAUCUUUACAAAAAUUAAAUUGCUAAAGCAAAAAAAAAAGAGAGAGAAAGAAAAAGAAUCAGAUUGUCCAGUCUCUUUUAAAUGUUGCAAUCUACAAUUUGGAACUUAGUCCUUGAUUUCUCAUAAGACAAUAAAUCCAAAACAUGUACUCUAUAAAAUUAGAAUUGAUUUCCAUUGUUAGGUACAACUGUUCUGAUUUACUUUAGUAUAUUUUAUUAAAUGGGAAACUCAAAGCUAUGUGUGCUUGAAAAAUCAAUAUGCUUCUGAGAAUUGUUGAAAAAGCAAAGAAACGGGAUUUAAUUUUUAAAAAAAUAUUAUUUGUACUAGCUAUGCAGGGUCUAGAAUAAUCAUUAUUCAGUAUAGCAUUGAAUAUUCAUAUUUGAGAAUUUCACACUAAAGAACAAGAUGUACCAACAUGGAAAACGGAAGUUCCCCAUCUUAUCCCCACUUGUGAGAAAGAGUUACAGAAUGAAUACUGGAAAUUUUAAUUUCAAAAAUUAGAUUUCUAGUCAUUUGAAUACAUAUCUCUAUCAAAUUACCUUUCUCUUUCUUACUUUCCUCUAAUAGUUUACUGAAUUGUUAAAAACAUAGGAAUUUGUUUAUCUAAUUGUUGAAAAUCCAAGAAAUUUCCAUUAAGCUGUAAGUGGCCAACAAAUGCUAUGUUGAUCAUAUUUAUAAAAUAUUUUUAUGAAACUAGAUGUUCUAGAAUUAGAUGUUAAUAAAUUUCAUUUCAGUCACAUGACUUCUGUUGCAAGUAAAUUGCAGUUAAUAUUUUUAUAUUUUAUUAAUAAUAUUUUAAGCUUUAAGCAUAAACAAAUUUCUGGAGUUCUUGUCUGAUUCAAGAAAACAUUUGACCCCUAUAGAAUAUUAAGAAACAAAGGAGGACAUAUUAUAAUUUUCAGAAAUUUAUGUUAAUAAAUCUUUCCAUACAGAUAGAUGGCUAUAUAAAAUCUAGAAGUAUAAUUGUAAUUGCCACCUUGUGAUGUUAGCAGGUCAUCAGAAUGACUAUGAAUUCUGUUUUGUAUAGCCGUCUUCCAUACUGAAAAGUUGGAUUUAAAUCCAUGGAAAUAAUACACUCUGUUUAAAGAUGCUUCAUAAUCCAACAUAUAAUAUUUCUUUUAGAAAAUCCUUUUUAUAUCUUGGAUGUGAAGGAUCUCUAUUUUAAGUGUUCUUAUGCAAUUUUUUGGUAAAUGAUUAAAAGUGGAGGAAGGGUUGAUGGAUAGCACUGCCAGUUAGCAAAAUUUUCAGGUGUUGUGUUUUCAUAUACAGAAAGUUGGUUUGAUUUAUACCAUGCUCACACAAAUUCAAAAUAAACAGAAAUUCCACAUGUUA